ACAAAGCGUGCUAUAAUUAUGCAGUCUUAUCAUUCUAAAGAAGUCAACCGUCAGAAAUCACUCUCGUAAUAUUGUUCUAUCAAAUUACUGUAAAUAAUUAAUAAAUAUUAGAACGUACCUGUGAUAUAUUAGCAUUAAUUGAUUUAAUCAUGAAAACUAAAGAAGACAAAGAAAAUCAAGAGAAGUUUAUUUUACAAGCUUUAGAUGAACUUGGACAAAGUUCACAACUUCUUUGGAUCGUUUUAUUCGCUAGUAUUUUAGUCUCAUUGAUAAAUGGAUUAAAUACGAUGUCUUAUAUAUUCAUUGCUGAGGUACCCAAUUAUUGGUGCUCUAUUCCGGAGCUUAAAAAUGCGAAUUGGACAGAUGAACAAAUUAAAAAUAUUUCUAUAAUCGACGAAUGCCAAAAGUAUGAUUAUAAUUACACGUAUCUCGCGAAUUCGGGAUAUGAAGAAGCCAUAGAAUAUGUCAAAAAUAGUGAAUUCAAUACCAGUGUUGUUUCUUGUUCGUCGUUUGUAUUUGAUAAUAGCGGAAGGUCGACAAUUGUCAAUGACUGGCAACUGGUCUGCGAUAGAAAAGUGUAUAGAGCAAAUACAUUUCUUGUAUAUGCAUUUGGAAAACUUGUUGGUGAUGGAACUUUGGGAGCAGUCGCAGAUAAAUAUGGAAGAAAACGAGCAUUAAUUAUUGGAGUAUUGUUACAAACUAUUGCAGUUUCAUCAUGUGCAUUAGUUCCAUGGUUUUGGGCGUAUAUUAUUUUACGAUUUAUUUUAGGAUUAAGCGUUAGUUCUAUGUAUUCAUCAGCAUACACAAUUCUGUCGGAAAUUACCAAAAGUCACAGAAAAAAUGUGUUCGGCGCCAUUAUUGAUUCAAUGUUUACAAUUGGUUCUUUAAUUCUUAUAAGUAUCGCUUAUUUUUUAUUAGAUUGGCGACAUUUGCAAUUAGUACUAUCAUCUUUUACUGUUGCAUUAAUAAUUCUUAUUUGGUUUGUGCCAGAGUCACCACGGUGGUUAAUAUCAAAAAAUCGUCAUGAUGAAGCCCAGAAAAUAAUCGAGAAAUAUUACAAAGCUAUUAAUUCACCUUCUCUUAUUAUAGAAAGCCCAACACUGACAUUAUUACCAUUAGAAAAAUCUACACCCGAACAAAAUUCUAAGAAAGGUUUGAAACGAUAUUUUGGAAAAUCGACAAUUUUAUUUUCAGAUCCUAUAUUAAGAAAAAAAAUUUUUAGCAUGUAUUAUGUGUUCUCUGUUGCUUUUUCACUUUAUUACUACCUUGUUUUCAAUAUUGAUCUUUUUGAAACUAAUCGUUAUAUAUAUUCAGCAAUAGGAGCAAUUUUCGAACUAAUGUCAGUUUUUUCAGUUCCAAUAAUUUUGUCAAAAUUAAGUUGCCAAAAAGCAAGUGCUAUACUUCUCAUUGUUGCGUCGAUUUUUAUUCUAUCGUCUGUAGCAAUUCCGGAAGGCAAAAUAAAUAUAAUUAUGGGAAUGACAAUGAUAUCAAAAUUUUUUAUAACAGCAUGUUUUACUGUUAUCUUCUUAUAUUGCUUAGAAUCAUUCCCCCCAGGUGUUAGAAAUUCGGCUUUUGGUACAAGUUUACUUAUGGGCCAAAUUGGAUCAAUGACAGCACCAUAUAUUGUUGAUUUGCUUGGUCAAGUUUCCUGGUGGGCACCCCCUGCACUUUGUGCUACUUUAUCAUUUACAACAGGACUUUUCAUUUUUAUAAUACCCAAAAAUGAACUAAAUAAUGAAAAUGAUAUCAACACUGAAGAAGAAAUACCACUGAAGAAUAGAACUUAGAUAAAUUUUAUCAAUAGAUUAUAAUCAUAAUUAAUUUUGUAUUUAUUUUUAUUUUACCAACCACAAUUGAAUUCUGUAGAAAUUAUCUGAAUCAUUUAAUUAAUUUCGGUGACAUUGAAAAUAUUAUCAGCCGUUUUCUUUGAGAUGACAUUUCGAUUGCAACCAAAAUCAUUUAAAUCAGUUAAUUUUUUGAGAGUGAUUCCGGAUUAAAAGUUAUAAAAAUUCAGUAUUAUGUCUGCUUCUUUUAAUUUAUUAGAUCCCUAGAUUUUAACGUAAAAAGUCAACCAUUAAUUGGACUUGAAAAUGUAUAUUGUUCAGAAUUAUGUAUUUUAUUGUGAAUCAACAAAUUAGUGGAUUAACACAGUGCCAAUUUAAGUAUUUGAUAAUUUGAUUCAAUAAAUGAUUUAAAUAAAUACACUGUAAACUUACAGUGAGACUAAACAAGUGUCUGGUAUUUUUCUUAUCUACUAUAUUAGCGCAGAGUAUUAUUUAAAGAAGAUGGCUGUUAACAUUUGAUACUUAUGAUAUUAUGUCGUCGGCUUCCAUUAUUGAAGUAGUUUUAUUUCGACAAAACGUACCCGUCAUAUAUCAUUAAUGAAAUGAAUCAUGGAGAGUGAAGAAAGUAGACGAAUUCAAGAGAAGUUUAUUUUGCGAGCUUUGGAUAAACUUGGAGAAGGUUCACAAAUUGUUUGGAUGAUUUUGGCUGUUAGUGUCUCAGUAACAAUUAUAAAUGGAUUACAUACAAUGGGUUAUAUAUUCAUUGCUGAGGUACCUAAUUAUUGGUGCGCUAUUCCAGAGCUUACAAAUGCAAAUUGGACAGAUGUACAAAUUAAGAAUAUUUCUAUAAUCAAUGGAUGUCAAAAAUAUGAUUAUAAUUACACGUAUCUCGCGAGCUUGGAAUAUGAAGAAGCCGCAGAUUAUAUCAAAGAUAAUGAAUUCAAUACCAGUGUUGUUUCUUGUUCAUCGUUUUUAUUUGAUAAAAGUGGAAGGUCGACGAUUGUCAAUCAAUGGCAACUGGUCUGUGAUAGAAAAGUGUAUAGAGCAAAUACAUUUCUUGCACAUGCACUAGGAAAAUUAUUAGGUGAUUUUAUUUUGGGAAUAUACUCAGAUAAAUAUGGAAGAAAACCAACAUUAAUUAUUGGCGUACACUGAGAGAAAAAAUCGGUUUUCUGAACUAAGGAAUCGUAGUUCACAGACGACUCAGCUAUUGAAGUCAGUUUCAGUAACUAAUACGCCACAGUAAAGUGCUCUACGACUACAUAGUCGUUCUUACUAUUUUUAGUUACAUAUACUAAGAUAGCAAUAAUGAACAUAACUAGUUUAGGGAAAGUUUUUAUUACUAUCAGUUUAAAGUUAACAUAACUAUAAUUUAUAUUGUAGUAAGCAAUUUAUUCUUAGUCUAAUAAACAUUAAGAUUAUUGUGAUGUUAAUAAUGUACACUUAGUUCUUCAGAUCAUUUAUAAUAGUAGCAAAAAGUAUUUGUGUCUAGAUGUACACACUAGAAAAUCGAACUUUCUGCGAAUGUACUAAUUUGACUUAUUGUAACUAAACAUUCAUAGUUACCAUUGCCAUAAUUUAGUAUUGCAAGAAACAAAUUUAUUUAGCGAUCUGUAGUGCAAAUUUUGUUUUAUUGUUACUGAAUUCUUCUUUCUUUAAUAGCCAACAUUUAUAUGAUAAAUACAGAAAAUUUUUUUUCUAUUACAUUAAAUGUACUUGAUGUUUUUCUAUUAUUACAAAAAUUAUUUUAGGAAACAUUAAUGUUAAACAUUAAUGUCAUAAUGUAAUUUAGUACAUACUAUAUUACAAUCAAAAAUGAUACUAGUCACUCUGUCAAAUAACAGAUAAAUUCUAAUGCCAGAAUUGUUCUCAAGCUUGGAAUAUAAUACUUCUGAAAUAAAUUUCUUAUCAGGGACACUACAAAAGGUGGGCGCGAUCUAGUGGCGAGCACCGAACUACUCCCAAUGCUGUUGCCUUGCUCUGGUGACUUCUCUCUCCUCCAUAUAUAUCUUUUCUCCCAAGAAAUUUAUCCCUUAGUUUAAGCAACUAUUCUGUUUUGGUUGGAGCAUGAAA